GGUAGUGAAGUAAACUAAACUUGAACAAUAAACAAACAAAAUUAUUAUUUCUUUUUUUACAAAUAAAUCAAUUAACAACAAUAAGAAUAUAUAAUUUUUCCACAAAAAUGGAAGACCCUACACAAUAUUUAGUAGAACAAAUCCAAAACUAUUUUCUACCAUCAAUACCAAAUCGAAAUGCAACAAGUUUAAUAAAAGUCCACAAUUGCAAACUCAACCAAAUUGGCGAUAUAAGUUUUCCCUUAAGUUCAGAAAUAUGGGAAAAUUAUUUCAAAAUACCAAUUAUCGAUAGGGAAAAUAAUAUCUUUGGUUUUGAAUCGGACACAGAAAAAGAAGCUCUUCUGCAGAAACUAAAGGAAUUUUCCCAAAAUUGGAAAUAUCCUUUGGCGGAAGUCAAGUUACAAAAAGAUCGUUGUGCAUUGUUCCUGGGCAGGAAACAUUGUAUUGAAAUGUUUAUAAAUCAGGUUUUAACAUCAAACAAUUACGGAUUGCAAUUGAAAGACCCUAAAAAACGUUACAGACUUUCUGAAUUUCGAGUAAGCGAUGGAACAGAAGGUCUAUCGGAGUACAGAGCAAGAUUGGUGCACAGAACACUGAAAAAGCUCUUGAUGUACUCCAAUUGGUCAGAGGCCAAUGAUAAGUUGUCGGGGAGUAAAGUCGAAGUUGUAAGUGUUGUGACAAAAGUUCCAAAUGCUGAUUCUCAGGAGAGAGUUAUCGCAAUAAGAUGCGGAAAUGUUUUAGACCCUCAAGAUGGUAAACUAGCGCGAAUAGCUCCUGCCGAAUACAUCAGCCUACGAUCCACUGACAUGCGGCUAAUGGCUAUGCAUAAAUAUGGCAUCCGCGUUAAAGACGAUCAAAAAUUUUGCGAAUUGUUUAGAAGACUUGGAGAGGCAGCAGUAACAGUUGAUUUGCUUGAAGUAAAGCCUUCAAGCCCUGUAAAUAUGAUAAGAAGUGGCCAAGGCAGUACAAAGGGCGCAUCCUUUAUACUCUACAAUUCAGCUCGAUUAGAAACACUUUUACGAACUUUCGAAGAGAAGAUCACAACUGGCAUCUAUGAAAAAUUACCACCGUUAUCCAACGUAGACUUCAGUCUACUUUCCAAUGAGGAAGAAUGGGAAUUAUUAUACGGCUAUAUAUUUGGUUUUACAAAUCUUGUCAACCGAUGCACAGAAAACUUUGUUUCCGGCUCAUGUGGCGUUCAUUAUUUGAUCAAAUACUUGGAUGGUUUGGUUUCGACAUUUAGUGUUUAUUAUAGACGAGUUCGUAUAUUAACGGAAACCAGAGCCCAUCUGAUGCCACAUGUUUAUGCCCGAAUAUACCUUCUUAAAGCUGUGAGACAAAUAUUUAAUAUGUCAUUGGCGUUGUUGGAUAUUGAACCGGUGGAGUUUAUGUGAAUUUUAUUCACAUUGUGUUUUUUUUCUUAUUUUUAUUCUUUAUUUACUUUAUAAAAGUGAAAUUACGAGGGUUGUAGAGAUCUUUUUUAUAAGCAGAAAAGUUUGUAUGA